AUUUCUUUGUUGGUUGGUGCAGGUUUCAUUUAACUUUUUUUUCAUCGGCUUUCUGAUACACGAUGGCCGAAAUGAAAAUGAGAGAAUUGUCUUCGGACCAGAAAGCUGCUCGUUAUCGGAAAAAGGAGAAAGAAGAACUGGAUCCUAGUGGUAGGAUGGACUCAGAAAGAGAAGCGCUACUGACUGAGAAGAAACUGAAGAGGCGACGCAUUUUUGAAAGGAUCCUCUUCUAUUCGGUUUUCUAUGCAUGUCUUGUGGCUUUCUUCGCUAUAAUGAUGCUGAUUCAUCACCAAACUCUGGAUGAGAACAAGCCAAAAUACCAGAAUAUCUACGGAGCAAUUGGGAAUACCCCAGGUCUUGGUGUACGGCCAAAAUCUGAUGUGAAUGAGAGUGCUCUGAUUCACAUUAAACAAGAAUACGAACAGUUGACUCAAAGCAGCGGUGGUUCAAUUGUCCAAUGCUAUCCUGGCAAAGUUCUGAGACCCGGAGAAGUAUGCCCAUUUGACAUUCGGCUCUUGGGGACAAGCAUGUGUACGAAGGAAAAUCGUUUUGGUUAUGAUCGUGGAAAUCCGUGCAUCAUCCUAAAAAUUAAUAAGGUUUAUGGAUGGAUUCCUGAAACAUAUGGGCCGGAAGACAAUCUUCCCGAUGAAAUGCCAGAAUUUCUGAAGCGAGAAGUCAGGAAAACCAGCGUCAGCCGCGAGUUCAGCUUGUAUAGUAAUGUAAGAACUGGCUUCGUUGCCUUGUCACUUUGUUUGGGUGUGACCAUUUUGAUUCUUGAAUUGAAGGAUGAAAACAGAAGACCGCCGAGUGUCUGGCUUUCAUGUGAAGGAAUCACGUCUGCAGACAGGGAAUAUUUGGGUGCUGUGGAAUAUUUUCCUUAUCCCGGUUUUCCGGCAUAUUUCUUCCCCUACACGAAGACGCCGGGUUAUUUAUCGCCUCUUGUUGCUCUUCAUCUGAAAGAUCCAAAACGAGAAGACGAAAUUAGCGUCGACUUUCCGUGUUUUUUCUCACUUUUGACCUCGCAACCCGCUUCGCACCUAUCACAACGCCUCAACCGACCUCAAGCGUUACUAUUAGUACAACCAUGCCGCUCCUUUAACGCGAAUAAAAACGCACUGGCCCGACUCUUACUUCUCGUAAACGCCCUGGCAGCCAAAUGGAAGGACUUGAUUGAGCAACGGAAGGGCGCCGUUUUCUCGGGUGCCAAUUUGGAUUUGAUUUAUACCGAUCCUUGA